AUGAAUCGUAGUUGGAUGAGAGCUAAUCGAUUAAGUGCUGAGUACGAAAAUGGAGUGAUGAAGUUUCUACAGUUUGAUGAAAGGAAUGCUAAAAAAAAUCUUCCUCCUCCUAAAAGUAAUGCUGAAAAAAGUAAUCAUCUACUUUAUCUAUGUUCAUGUGUUCUUUGUGAAAAUCAAGAACCAAAACUUAAUAAGAAAGAAAUAAUGGAUCGUCUAAUUUAUGAAGGGAUUUGUCAAAGUUAUACGCAAUGGAUAUGGCACGGUGAAGUAUUAGAAAAUUCAAAUGUGUCCCAAAGAGAUAAUGUUAGCGUAGAAAUGGAUGAUUGUUUGGAAGACAUGAUGCGUGAUAUUGGACAAGAUUCGUUUAAGAGAGCACAUGCGUAUGAUACUUUAUGUAGUGACAAGGAUAAACCUUUGUACCCAGGAUGCACAAAUUUUACACGUUUGUCAGCCGUGUUAAAAUUGUUUAAUUUGAAGGUGAAUAAUGGAUGGACUGACAAAAGGUUUACCGAAUUGUUUAAUUUAAAGUUUUACCCAGGAUGCACAAAUUUUACACAUUUGGAAGGUCGUCUUCACAGCAACAACAUAUAG